AUGGAAAGGCAAAAGCAAAACAGCCUGGCAAUCUUGAACACUGCUGACGUCCUUACAAAAGGCACGAGGAAGAUAAUGCAUAAGAUGGAUUUGAUGGAAGCAGAGAUUCAUGAUCUUCGGGCGGCAAACGAGGCCCUUAGCAAACGCCGGAGGGCUAAAAAAACACGUCUAAGGAAAGGAGGGUCGCUUUCAAUACUGGAAGCUCAGGAAUUAGGGGAUCAAAUGGAGGUUGAGGUGCAACUAAAGGAGGAAACACGCAUUAGGGCUGGUCGGCGACCGCGGACUGAGACACGCGCGCGGCGCUGUGGCAAUUGCGGAAAGGCCGGACACAAUGCGCGUUCCUGUCAGAUAGUAGUAGAGACGUCUGAGGAAGAUGAUUCUGAAUAA